GCAAAAGCUAGAGAGACUAAAAAGUAGUCUUUUCCGUCAAUUGUGACUUGUCAACGUCAAAAGCUUGAUAUCUGCGCUAAUCCAAUGGCAUGCACGAAUGAAAAAACCGUACGGUUGUGAGCGUGCUCUACAAACCGGUCGGUAUUGUAUCAUCAUGUCGGCGCCGGGUUGUUUGGCGCUCACUUGACUCAAAAGGCGUUUUUGAGUGAUCACUGGAUGUCGAUUUUCUCCUGCAGUUUGAACAUUCAACUUAACUCAUUUUUUUUAUCAGAUGGCACAAAACAUGUAUCCUAUCAUCUGUACCGUAUUAGCGAUCGUCGGCGUUCGACGCCCUCAACGAGGCCGUUGCAUCUGAGCAGCCAAUGCCAACGCUGGCGGAGAGGAAAGGCGCGUCUGUGUUUCUGUCUCUUUCCGUAGUCUCGAGUUUUUCCGCCGGCGUAGAUCACAAACGCGUGACAACCCCCUGGACACCUCACGAUUUGCUGCAGCCCUAAAUUCCUUCCGCGUGGCUGACGUCGCAAGUUGUUGAAAACAUGGACACAUGUCCCAGAGGAAGAGCUGCGAAAGCGAUUCUCAGACUUCAUUCUACCGAGGACACAAGCACGUUUUCUGUUGUAAAGGGCGAGUCUCUGUCAGACGCCAGAUCAAAAGCGAUUACCACGUUUCCAGAUACGAAUUUCGCUGGGCGGUCUUCGGCUGCAUCAGAGCAAGAACGGCAGAUGGUUGUUGCCACGCAAGAUCCUUCGGACUUUUGUUAUAUUCACGAACUCCAGGACGAGAUCGUAUUUAUUCUGCUGUCGUUUCUUGGGCCUCCUGCGAGCGCUUUCCACAAGGUUGGUUCGUUAAGCCGUCGAUUGCGGGCGGCAGUGACGAACGAAAAGCUCUGGGAAGAGUUCUUCAUCAAGCGAUUCAAAGACAAGCUAGUUUGGCGUGCUCCGGGGACGAAAAUGUCUGUCUGGGUUGUCCUUUCAUUGUUGAUCUAGCUGCCGCUUCUCGCCGGUGCUCGAACCUCGAUCUAACCUCGUUGGUCGGGUCUGCCGUUUGUGUGUCAGCUGUACCCCGCCAGCUCGUGGCAACAGCCUGGUCACACUCGUCAAGGGAAAAUGCUUUCGGUAUACCACAAUUUUCAUGUGACUGUUUUCGUGAACUGCAUUUGCUGCAAGAGUCGACCCCCCAAGGGGAGGUUACUGUUUCGCAUCGGUCUUCUUCCGAGCGGGUUCUCGAUAACGCACUUCGGUGUAUGGGCGUCCCGUCGGGAGGGAAGUGUUGGAGAGGGAAAUAUCUGUUGAAGCAUUCACUGGAAAGGAAAUUUGCAAGUGCUCAGUUCGACCUGCAAAGGACCUGGUUUCUGGACAGCCCGACUCUCGGUCCCCCUUUACCUGGUAGCGAGGGGGACGCACUGGAAGAUACACGUGGUCUAAGGUCUGCGUCAUCUGGUACAAUGCUUUUGCUGGAUGGAACCCCGCCAAGUAGUGACGGGGGAAAUUGUUCGCAUGAUGGAGAUGAUGAGACGAAUUCUCCACUGGUGUAUUCGUCCAUGUUUCAUCGACAUUGCCACCACCCCAGAUACCUUUGUCACAGUCGCGAUCGCCAUUCUAACAGGAAAAGCGACUCAUGGACUCCCACAAUUCGACCUCUCAUAAUUACGUCCACUGCUUCCCGUUCACGGCUUUCUCCGGCGUCCACAUCUGGAGGACCUCCUCCGGUGUGUGUUGUUAGCCUCCGCUUUUUCGGCGAUGGAGCCGGCCUCCUGUAUGCAGCUAGGGCGGGAGGCGUUGGGGCUUUCUGUCCAGAUCGUGGUUGCCACUUGAGAAUCUUCUCUCUUCAUAGAAGAGUUCGAAGGGGAGAAGCGAGAAGAGUAAGACCUGCAGAGUCCCACGCUUCCGUAGGCGAUCGCCAGGCGAUGAGGAGGGGAAGGACUCGGUGGGGGGCGAACGGUUCUCUUCGACAAACCGGAGAAGAAAGCAGAUUUCAUUCUGCUUCUUCCGAGGGGAGUGGACGGGACAGUGAAAGCCAAUCAUCCAGUGAUCAGGUUGACACUGAUCCUGAUAAUGGGGGAUCUGACGCCGUGGUAGGAGAAGAACACCGCAGUCGGAGGGAGGCCCGCGGCCUUGAGCGCCCAGCAUUCGCUCUCUGUGUGGCUCAUACUAUCGAUGACGCCAUGGGCCGAUUGCAUGGUUAUCGAAACAGUGCUCGGUCAUGUCGAACGCAAAUACAACUCGAACCAACCGCGAAUUUUGAGAGACAGCGCCCUUUGGUGAUUGGUGGCUACAGCGACGGGAAGAUCCGCGUGUGGGAUUACUGUCAUCCCGGACGGGUUCUCGAGCACCUGGAUGUCAAUGAACGACUUCAUCGUGGCCCGUUUGCGAUUAAGAGCGUCUGCGCGAUUUCUGGAGGUCGUGCCGGUCGAGGGGGCUGUGACAUUCUCGCUGGAGCAGAGGACGGAGCGAUAGCGCUCCUCAGUGCAGAUCGACCAGACAUCGGAAUUGUUCAACGUCUACGUGGUCAUACGGCAGCAAUACAGUCUAUCGCGUGUGAACGCGAAAGCAGCUUGGUAUUCAGUGCAUCACGAGACCGUAUGGUUCACAUUUUUGAUUUCCGCGCUGGCGAGCAUCCUGUGGCCUCCUGCGGUAGACAUCAUGACUGGGCGAUGUGUGUCCAAGUCCCGGAUGGCUUAGGCGCACGGGUUUUCGAGACGGCUGACAGGGCGGUGCAUAGCUGGGACUUAAGGAGGUUGCUCGGUGAUUUCCGGCAGUCCGCUGCUGAUCGAGACCAGACAGCGAAGGCGUUGGCAGAGAGGCACCGGCACAAACAACUUAUCAGUGGCAUGCGGCUGGAUGCCUUUCGACUGGUCAGUUGCUCUUUGGACGGCUGCGUUUUGUUGUCAAGCCUAGAGAAUCGCGAACUGGGUACUCAAGAAAGCAGCUGCGUUGAGCAACACACUGAUGUCAGUGUCUUAAAGCGAGGAGGAACAACGCAGUGGAUGCUGGGCGUUGACUUUGCUGAAACGAAAAUGGCAACAUCGACAGUAGACGGCGCGGUCCAGAUCUACCAUCUGCUCCACCUCCAUACGCUGCCGGGGCCUUUCUUAUACACCUAAUUAUACAGUGCUUGGCAGCAGUUAGAAUACGUGGGAUUCAGGCUCGAAACUGUGAGCAUUUCGAAGAAUAUUGUCGAUGGACAGGAAGGGUUGAUGCGUGUAGUAAUGGGAACAUCACGUUGUCACGUCUAAUGUCGCCAGUAGAGUUUUGUGUAUGCUGGUGUACAUCUUUUUCUAUAUGGAUAGAGACACACUUUAAAGCAAACAAAUGCAAUCAAGGAGACGGCGAAUCAAAGGAAACAAAUCAGAUGUCCUGAUCCCGGUGGAGAUUCACCGUGCGUUUCCACACUGGAACAUUGCCAAGGCUUGAUCAAUGGCUGCUUGGUUCCCCGUGUUGUGUCUAUUAAUGAUAACUACUACAUGUUUUGAAAUGGAUUGUCUCUUCUUGUGGUGUAGUCCAUUGCCAUCUCGGUUUUGCGACGUCUUGUCAUUUUUGUCCCGAGAGGUAUUGUCAGUAUUGGCGGCGUAGACCAUCGCCACGAGUAGCAAUUGAACACUGGGCGUCUGUCAUCUGUUGUAGAACGCCGUGCCCCUCCGGACAUGUAAACGAUUGUUAAUAUUUCAGAUCGUGCGACGACUGUGCUUUCGACAAGAGCGAACUUGCCAGCUUCAACGUUCGUAUAUCGGUUCUGUGCGGCAGUUGCAAUUGUACUCGAAAUAUGCGUUGCAUAUGCGGCGGCAGGGUUUUACGGGUAUCUUCUCUGACUGAUGACUGUCGCUGCUGUGUUUUCCUUCAUUGAUCAAUUUCUCAAAAAUCUUUAACCGGUGUUUUACCACUGAGUCGCAACCCGGUUUAUGUGAGUCGAUUGGACAGUUCUCUCAAUAGCAUAACGUUUCGAUGCU